GCCAGAAACCUGCCCCUCUGCAGCUGGAGGGGAAAAUUCUGUGUCUCAAAUUUGUAUCUUGAACCAAGACCUGUGUCUUUCCUGGGCAUGGAGGUGCCAUACGUCCUUCUCUUAACUAGACUCGUAGCAGAAGUUGCCAGCAAAUCUACUGAAAGUUCGGUUUCAGAAACAGAAUGCUGUGUGGAUAUGUUGGAUUCAAACAGUUCCUGUCCAGUAACCAACCAGUGCAGUCCAGGUUGUUACAGACGAUGGAAUGAGGAUGGUAGUAGCAGCUGCAUUAAAUGCAAGAAUGAAACCCUUCCUGUUUCAUCUGUUUCCAAUCUGACUGAAUGCAGAACUACUGGUAUCAGAGGAAUGAAUUUCCAAAUGAAUAUAAGCACAGUAACUCCUUUCAUACAGAACAUGGGGGGCCCAGAAGUGGCAGCCUCUCUCAUCUUAGGGACAUUUUUCAUCAGUUUAUUCCUGAUCUUGUCUGUUGCUUCUUUCUUCUACCUCAAACGUGCCAAUAAACUUCCUAAUGUUUUCUACAGAAGAAACAAAGCCUCUGUUCUCCAGCCUAGUGAAACAGCAUCCAUGAUACCUCCCCCAGCUUCUUCAGUUCGGAAGCCACGAUACGUCAGACGAGAACGGUCACUCGUGACGUCCACGUCGGCUGCUAUGAUCUCUUCUUCCGAAACCAGGGUCAGCAAUGUUUAGCCUUCGUUCUUGCCUGAGGACUUUAUAAGUGUGCACGGUGUCGAAGAAACCUUUGCUGAAUCCACUGAAGUGCCAGGAAAACAUCGCAAGCAGCUGACCUAAGUGGAAGCCAAAUUGCUGCGUCAAAGUGUUUGUGCCAAAUGUUAACAGAGAAAUGAACUAACGCCAAGAUGCUGGUGGCAGGCUGCGCCCGGUUCGGUGACCUGCUUUGGCGGUCUUGAAAUGCACUAUUCCAGCUCUGUGAUUCCGUUUGUCUCCUACAGAUGCCGUCUUUAAAGUCUUUUUAAAGAAUCUGCCUUGCUUUGGUACAGUUUUGGCAAGUUCUUCUUCCUGUGUUGUGAUGUGUGCUGUGUCCCCAGAGCUGAACGUCUCAGUGCUGCAGGCCAACGCAAAAUACUGGGAUUACUCAAGGAUGUGGACUGGUUUGAAGGACCCACUUGUAAAGGUGAACACUAAGUGCCGCUGCUUUAACGUUGUAGGACAAAUAUACCCACAGUG